AUGAUCGAAGCGGUGGGGUAUGGUGCCUCAGUUGAUCGGUUGCAACCCCACAAUGCAAAGAAACCAGAGAUGCACAAUGCCCCUACUGAUGCUUGGCAUGCGACCUAUAACCUCCAUGGUAUGACCUGCAGUUCGUGUGUGGGUCACAUCACGCGGGCUGUCCAGGCGCUUGAUUUCAUCAACAAGGUGGAGAUCAGCCUUCUCAGCCAUAUCGCGUCCGUCAUUUUCUUGGGCAGGGACAAUGUCAGCGCAAUCUCCCAGGCCAUCGAAGACGCAGGUUAUGGCGCAGCCUUAGAUAUCGAUCCGCAUCAGCGGGCUGCACUGCGAGCAGUGCCCAAAGCGCAUCGAAAGUGCCAUCAGCGAGCUGGGAUGGGUGACUCUCGGGACCGCACCUUCUUUAAGUGA